AUGAAGCUCACCCCACUUGUCUCGGUGCUACUGGCCAAGGCCAUUGAGGCCGCCCCUCAACCUGUCACUGCCUUAUCCAAUGUUGGUGCUACAACAUCAGACGUCUACCCUCCGGCAGCCACAUCCGUCAACUCGGCUCAGUUCCCACCCGAACCAGUGGUCCAAUUCCCUGGGCCAACGCAGACUGGCCUUGAGCCAGCCGUGGCUCAGACAGCUCCCCUUUACCCAUAUAACACUCAAGGCGCCGCGGCAUUCCCUCUGGUUGCUCCUCAGCCUCAAGGCUCUGAUUCGAGCUCCAAAGUCGACAUUACUCGCUACUGGGGUAACUUGUCACCGUGGUAUUCAUUGUCUUCCGCCGAUUACGGAUUGCCCAAUGCAAGCCCCCUUAUUCCUGCUGGCUGCUCCAUCAGUCAGGUUCACCUCUUGUACCGCCACGGUGCACGGUACCCUACCAGCGGAGCUGCCCCUGCGACGUUUGCUGCUAAGCUUGCAAAUGCCACCAAGGGCGCCGGUUUUCAAGUUUCGGGCGAGCUGGCUUUCCUGUCCGACUGGACUUACAAGCUGGGUGCUGAGCUUUUGACUCCCUUUGGACGCAGCCAGAACUUCCUUCUCGGUGUUGCAUACCGCCAAUUGUAUGGUGAAUUGUUGAACAACUUCACCGCUCAGGGUGCUCUCCCAGUUUUCCGAACUGAAUCUCAGGACCGCAUGGUCAAGACCGCCGAGAACUUUGCGGCUGGUUUCUUUGGUGUUCCUGAGUAUCUGAAUCAGGUAAACAUUGAGAUUCUUGUCGAGAAUCCUGGUGUCAAUAACUCCGGCGCCCCCUACGAGGUCUGCAACAACUCCAACAUCGCCAGUCGUGGAAGCAUUGGCACCACUGUCGCGAACAAAUUCGCCAACAACGCUUUCAAUUCCACCCUAGCCCGGUUGAACUCCCAGAUCUCUGGUAAUCUAACCUUCACACCCACCGACGCUAUCGCUAUGCUUCAGCUCUGCUCGUACGAGACUGAUGCACUUGGGUAUUCCGCCUUCUGUGGCCUCUUUACGCAGCAAGACUUUCAAAACUACGAAUACUACUAUGACUUGUCUUUCUACUACAACAACGGCCCAGGUUCCCCAGUUGCUGCUGCUCAAGGCAAAGGCUACCUCGAGGAGUUCGUUGCUCGAUUUACUCAGACCUACCCUGCCGCGCUCUCUGCUCUCAACGAGACAUUCGACGAUACACCGACGUAUUUCCCACUCAACCAGUCCAUCUACGCCGACGCUACCCACGAGGUCGUUGUUCUCGAUACACUCACGGCCUUCAACCUAACUGCGCUGUUCAAUGGACCUGCUCUUAAUACGAGCACUAACCAAGGGCGUAACAACUUUGUUGCCAGCAAGCUUGUACCGUUUGCCACUCACUUCACUACUCAAGUGCUUGAGUGCCCCAUCUUAAUCCCGUCUAAGCAGAUCCGUUUCAUCGUCAACGACGCAGUUGUUCCAGUCUCGGACUCCCAUCCCGGCUGCCCUGUUGAUCCCAAUGGUCUAUGUCCCUUUGAUACCAUGGUCAAUGUGCUGAAACAGCGAAUUAACGAGAUCGACUUCAGAUACGAUUGUUUUGCCAAUUACACUGCUUCGGCAGGCGUUAAUUACAAUGGUCGUGCGCCUCGUAAUGCAACGCCAUGA